AUGGUCGGAUCAAGCGUUCAGUCCGUCCAAGUAUCAGUUCUGCGUGCAAACCACGGACCAACAGCCUGCAGGGGCCAAGCCCACGAACCCCGGGAUAGAGGCAUUGUCCCCGCUAAAGGGCCCUCUGAUGACUCUGGAGAUGGGCCAAAGUCCACUUAUUACAGCGCCGAAGAGGCCAAGGGGACUUGGCAGUCUCUGCGGGCGAGAACCCGAUGGAACACUCACGCCCCUGAGCCAGACACUAAGCGGCUUGUUCGCACCACCAUUAGCACAGAGUUCGUGGCUUUUUCUGAUUCUCCAGGACUGGAUACAGGGCAAUGGUCCAGCUCUCCAGCGUCACCCCUGGGCGAAUUCGAUGCCGGUCAGCCAAGCGCCGUCAACAUACACCCAUUAUAA